CCCGUGGAGGGUGUGUGUGUGAGUGACCCGGGGGCGGGGAGAGGGUGUGUGACCCGGGGGUGGCCAAUGCCAAUGUCGGCGCCUAUAAAAGCAGCGGCUGGAGCAGCGCGGCCGGCUGGCGGCAACAGGUCGGAGACAAGUCCCACUGAGACACCGAGCGAGCGGGGGACACUGACUGACUGAGCCAGCGAGUGAGGGACCGGGCUAGUGGGAGCCGCUUGAGGUGAGGGUGAUGUCCGCCGGCGCCAUGCCCUGGGAGCCCUGCUCGCCGAGCCGCGACUACCGCUGCCAGAAGCGCUGCAAGAUGUCGUCGUUCGCCUUCUACCAGGCAGUGCGCGACCGGCUGCCCGUCUGGCUGCUGGAGGAGAUGAGGACGACCGAGGUGCUGCACUGGGAGGAGAGCGGGCGGGCGAGCGCCUACUCACCGUCCGAGGCGCUGCUGUACGCGCUGGUGCACGACCACCGGCGCUACGGCCAGUACUUGCUGAGGGAGCACCCGGGCGAGGCGCUGGCGUGGCCGGGCGGCAGCUUCAGUGUGUGCGGCUGCUCGGGGGGCCCGGGCCCGGGGUCUGGGCCGAGGGGGCCGGGGCCGCACCUGGCGCUGGCCGUGCGCUACAACCGCGUGGGGGCGCUGGCGCUGCUGCUGCGGAGCGCGGGCCCGGAGCGCGUGCGCCUCCUCAACGGCCGCGGCUCGUGCGGCGUCGGCGUCGGCGGCGACGUCAGUGGUUACGGCGGUUGCUGCGGCUGUGACGGCGCGCGCGGGAAGUUGCCGCUCCACGUGGCGGCUGAGCUGGCUCGAGCCGAGUGCGCCGCCCUGCUCCUCGCCAACGGGUGCUCGCCGCUCCUGACAGACGGCCAGGGCCGCACCCCGCUCGACACGCUCCUCGCACAGCUCCGCCACCACCACCGCCGCCCCAACACGCCGCAGCCCCACCUCGCCUGCCUACACACCCUCCUCCUCUUCAUGCCCCGGCCACACUUCCACAUGCAGGCCGAGCUGAGGGCGGACGACGCCCUGUGGCGGCGGCUGCUGCCCCACGAUGUCUACGAGUGGCUGUCGGGCCGCAGCCCGCCCUCCCUCUUCAUGAGAGCCAUGCAGACUGUGAUGGCGGCCAUCGCCCCCGAGCGGUUCCCCGAGGCUCUGGACGAGCUGCCCAUCUCGCACCUGCUCACACACUUGGACUUCAAGCAGGCCGCCCCGUCUGACUGCAAAUGGUAGAAACGACGAGGUGUGUGUCUGCUGCUUUACAAGACACACUGCUGCAGAAACUGUUUGCAAGGAAAGAAUGUCACUGCGUUUGCACUUCGCACGUGUGACAAUAAAAGCACCACUGAAUUAGUAACUCAGCGGGUCAGGCAGCAUCCAUGGAGAACGAGGACUGGCAACAUUUCUGGCCGAGACCCUGCUUCAGACUAAAUGGUGCGGCUUAGUGCUCCUAGGGAUUCACACAACAGACUGGUUGCAAAGACGUCCUUUUAGAAAGCGUCAAGUAUCUUCCGCAGCGUUGCCAAUGGAAUUCUGUAUUUUAUUUUACUCCUUUAUUUAAGAGCACUGACAAAGGAAUUAUAAACUUGGGUGAAGAGUUCGGUGAUGCUACGAUAACUUUUUAGACAUCUGCGGGUUAUAACUGUUUCAAACUUUUGGGGACAAAAAAAACACUACCCAAUACAAUGCAUUUUGAUGUGAAUUGUUAUCUGCAUUCGGGUUUCAUUACUCAGAGUAAAUAGUUUUGAUUAACAACG